GGGGAGCGCGGUGCCCGCCGCCCGCCGCUCCCGGCAGCAUGUCCGCCAAGGAGCGGCAGAAGGGCAAGGUGACCAAGGACAGCGUCACCCUCCUGCCCUGCUUCUACUUCGUGGAGUUGCCAAUAUUGGCAUCUUCUGUUGUUAGCCUCUAUUUUCUUGAACUUACUGAUGUCUUCAAGCCAGUUCACUCUGGAUUUAAUUGCUAUGACAAGAGUUUGAGUAUGCCAUACAUUGAACCUACACAAGAGGCUGUUCCCUUCUUGAUGUUGCUUAGUUUGGUUUUUGCUGCACCUUCCAUUACGAUAAUGGUAGGAGAAGGAAUUCUCUACUGCUGCCUGUCCAAAAGAAGAAAUGGGAUUGGAACAGAGGCCAAUAUUAAUGCAGGAGGAUGCAACUUCAAUUCUUUUCUUAGAAGAGCUGUCAGAUUUGUUGGUGUUCAUGUGUUUGGUCUUUGUUCUACUGCUCUUAUUACUGAUAUCAUACAGCUAUCAACAGGAUAUCAGACACCCUAUUUCCUGACUGUUUGCAAGCCUAACUAUACAUCCUUAAAUGUAUCCUGCUCAGAGAAUUCCUACGUUGUGGAAGAUAUUUGCUCUGGAACUGAUGUCAAUAUUAUCACUGCUGGAAGAAAGUCAUUCCCUUCUCAACAUGCCACCCUGGCAGCCUUUGCAGCUGUGUACAUUUCGAUGUACUUCAAUGCUACAUUGACAGACUCCUCAAAACUUCUGAAGCCACUUCUGGUCUUUGCUUUUAUCAUCUGUGGAAUUUUAUGUGGCCUGACUCGUAUCACCCAGUACAAGAACCAUCCAGUUGAUGUUUACUGUGGCUUUCUCUUAGGAGGAGGAAUUGCUCUCUAUUUGGGCCUGUAUGCUGUGGGGAACUUCUUGCCAAGUGAGGAGAACAUGAUUCACCAGAAUUAUCACAGAGAACCACUAAGGUCUUUCACAGACCUUAGCCAAGACGCCAACAGAAUGUUGCCCGGUAAAAACGGGAGCGGCAGCGACGGCAUCGCCACCCACCGCUCUGAAAGCAUGCUCAAUAGGAACCACAGAGAUGCAGGCUCUCUGACUAACAUCAAGAGAGCAAAUGCUGACGUAGAAAUCAUAACGCCACGAAGCCCAAUGGGAAAGGAAAACAUGGUUACUUUCAGCAACACUUUGCCAAGAGUCAACACACCGUCCUUGGAAGACCCAGCAAGAAGAAACGCAACAAUUCACGCGUCAAUGGAUUCUGCCCGCUCCAAACAACUGCUUUCCCAGUGGAAGAACAAAAAUGAAAGCCGGAAGUUGUCGCUGCAGGUCAUAGAGACUGAAUCUGGCCAGUCGCCACCACGAGCUAUUGAAAUGAGGUCAAGCUCAGAGCCCUCCAGAGUGGGUGUAAAUGGGGAUCACCACGGCCCAACUAACCAAUACCUGAAGAUUCAACCCGGUAAUGUCCCGGGUUGCAACUCUGGUGGGCCCAGGGUUUCUAUUCAGUCACGUCCUGGCUCAUCUCAGUUAGUGCAUAUUCCUGAAGAAACUCAGGAAAAUGUGAACACAUCUCCCAAAAGUAGUUCAGCUAGAGCUAAAUGGCUGAAAGCUGCUGAGAAGAGUGUUGCAUGUAGAAGCAACAGUCAGCCAAGAAUCAUGCAAGUAAUAGCCAUGUCUAAGCAGCAAGGAGUGCUUCAGGGCAGCCCGAAGAGUUCCGAGGGAAGCACGGUCACUUGCACAGGAGCCAUUAGAUAUAAAACCUUGACAGACCAUGAGCCAAGCAGCAUUGUCAGAGUUGAGGCCCACCCAGAAAAUAACAGACCUGUAAUUCAGAUGCCAUCCGAAGGUGAAGGAAGCGGGUCAUGGAAAUGGAAAGGCCCUGAAAAAAUCACCCUUCGUCAGACAUAUGAGCUAAACGAUCUCAACAGAGACUCCGAGAGCUGUGACUCCUUGAAAGACAGUUAUGGGUCGGGGGACAGGAAAAGGAGCAACAUAGAUAACAGCGAGCAUCACCACCACGGAAUCACCACAAUAAGAGUCACGCCAGUGGAGGGCAGUGAGAUUGGCUCAGAGACUCUGUCCAUUUCUUCUAGCCGGGACUCAACACUUCGGAGAAAAGCUAACAUAAUUUUAAUCCCUGAGCGAGGGAGCAGUCCAGAGAACACCAGAAAUAUCUUCUACAAAGGAACAUCCCCCACACGAGCUUACAAGGAAUGAGGAGACAUAUCAGCUGGUCCACACCACCACUGAGUAAAACGCAUCUGGAUACAGGUUCUGCUCACCUUGUUUUGAGCCGAUACUCACCUUUGAUGUGCCAAGCUACUGACCAUCAGCCCAACAUCUGUUGAACACUGAUGACAUUAGCGUGCAUGAACCUGUGCUAAUCAUGUGGUGGGGGAAAAAGCACAAUGCCAGAACCUAACUAAUGUGAAACAUUUUCAUGCAACUUGUUUCUUCAGACUCUAAAAGCUUAUCUGAGAAUGAUGAUGUCAAUCAAAACAUUGGUCUUGAACACACUUUAUUUUCUGAAUGUGCCAACUUUUUAUUUUAUUUAUAUUUGUGUCCAAAAUCAACUGAAUUUUUCACAGCAAAGGCUGUAUCAGUGUUAUAUUAUUCACCUUUGCAGAGUUUGCACCAAAACUUUAAUACAGGAUGGUGCUGACUAACUUUAAAUGUUUUGAAAAUUUGCAAACUUACUAGACUCUACAAACACAUGACAUAUUGAUGUGCAGUUACUUUAAAAGUAAUAUUGCUAAUACUAUGAUGAUGCUGGCUGCAUUCAUUUAGAGUAGGAAAUAUUUACAGCUUUGUUAUAGUGGAUCUGUCACUUUCAAAGAUUGCAAAGGUUUUGUGUAGUCUUUUAAGAUGUCUACUGCAACAAAAUGUGUGGGUGACAUUCCAUUAGAAUGGAAUAACUAUCUAUUUUGAAUAGUUUUGCUGCUACUGCUCAACUUUUGUUUAAGAACAGGUGCUACUAAUGAAGAGGCUGCUUCUUAG